ACCGGCGCGUGGAGGCCGUUCCCCAAUCUCCCGGUGGAUCAAAUUUGCUCCCUGCACUAGUCUGGGAACAAACGUCGAAACAGAGGGAGAAAGAUUAAACAGGUGGUCAGAAACAAACAGCUAACAAUGUCGUUCCUGGAGAGAUGGUGAAAGAUGUUUCGUUCGUAUCUCUUUUUAAAGAUAUAAGUUUCAAGAACCAAAGAAAAUUCAUGUUUCGGCUGCCUUUCAAAGGGAGAAUUUAUCCUCGGUUUUCCUCCGAAUCAGCACAACAUCUAUCGGAUAUUAAACUAUGAAAGUGACGGUGUGUUUUGGAAGGACUAGGGUGGUGGUACCGUGCGGAGAUGGAAAUAUUAAAGUACAUACUCUCAUCCAGCAAGCCGUUAUGAGAUACAAAAAAGCCAUUGCAAAGGAUGCGGGCUACUGGUUACAGGUCAACAGACUGGAGCACGGAGACGGAGGCAUCCUGGACCUGGAUGAUGUGCUGUGUGACGUUGCCGAUGACAAAGACCGGCUGGUGGCAGUGUACGAUGAACAGGACCCUCACCACGGUGGCGAUGGCACCAGCGCCAGCUCCACGGGCACCCAGAGCCCUGACCUGUUCGCUACUGAGCUCAACUCCAGCAACAUGUCCGCUUUCCAGCCCUACCAGGCCACCAGUGAGAUCGAAGUCACUCCAUCUGCCCUCCGAACUAAUAUGCCCCUUCACGUGCGUCGCAGCAGUGACCCGGCCCUGGCGACUGUUAAUGGGCCGCUCAGCGAACCCCGUGUGACCCUGCCACCGGAAGAACCGUCCAGGAAGAAUCCCACCCGCUGGUCCACGACGGCUGGCUUCCUCAAACCAAGGCACUCUGUUGGAGGCACCGGCACCAACAGCCUUGAGAGACCGGGUAAAGGUCCGGACACGUACCGCAGUCUCCCCCGGGACUCAGGGACCUGGGCCAAUCAGAGGGAGUUCCAGAGAGAGACAGCCCGCUCCUCCCUGAGUGCCAACCAUCCCAUGGUCGACCGUUGGCUGGAAAGACAGGAGCAGGAUGAAGGGGGCCACGCCGAGGAGGAGAACGGCAGGAUCGAGCCCAUCGGGCGAGCUGACUCCUGUAUGGACCACACCCCUGUGAGGUCACUAGAUGACAUUGUAAAGCUGGUAGAAGUCUCCAAUGACGGCGGGCCCUUGGGGAUCCACGUAGUGCCGUUCAGUGGCCGGGACCGCAGGACUCUAGGCCUGCUGGUCAAGCGGCUGGAGAGGGGAGGCAAAGCAGAGCAGCAGGGCCUGUUCCAGGAGAACGACUGCAUCAUUCGCAUUAAUAACGGAGACCUGCGGAACAUCCGCUUCGAACAAGCCCAGAACAUGUUCCGCCAGGCCAUGCGUUCCCCCGUUAUCAUGUUCCAUGUGGUCCCAAACCUGAUGAAGGCCCAGUACGAGCAGCUUUCCCACAGCGAGAGGAACCCCAACGUGGCCUGCCCUUCUGGACGUUUCAGCCCCGACUCCCUGGCCAGCGAGAGAGGCAGCACCCCGUCGGGGCUGGACCACACCCCACAGAGAAUGUUCCGGGGUCCCCAACCUCAACAGCACCCGUACCCGGAGCAGGUCGACGCCUACACCACUCUACCUCACCCCCACAGGGGCUCCAUGGGCAAGCCCCCGCUAGGCCAUGCCCCUCCCAGCCACACCCCCUCCCCACAGAGGGUGUUAAACACCCCCUCAGCGGGCUUUUCCAAGAAGGUUGGCAGGAGACUCAACAUCCAGCUCAAGAAAGGUCCAGAGGGUCUGGGUUUCAGCAUCACGUCAAGAGACGUCCCCAUCGGUGGCUCUGCGCCCAUCUACGUGAAGAACAUCCUGCCCCGUGGAGCGGCCAUCCAGGACGGACGCCUCAAGGCUGGGGACAGGCUGCUGGAGGUGAACAGAGUGGACCUGGUUGGGCGGACCCAGGAGGAGGUAGUCUCUCUGCUCAGGGCCACGCCCAUGGGAGGGGCGGUUGGGCUGGUGGUACUACGUCAGGAGGAAGCCUUCCUUUCCAGAGAAGUGAACGCUGAGGCCCAGCCGCAAAGCCCCAGAGACUUGAAGGUAGAGGAGGAUGACCUGGUGUUGACCCCCGAUGGUACGAGGGAGUUCCUGACCUUUGAGAUCCCUCUGAGCGACUCGGGCUCGGCAGGUUUGGGGGUCAGCGUGAAGGGAAACCGAUCUAAGGAGAACCAUGCUGACCUGGGCAUCUUUGUCAAGUCCAUCAUCAAUGGAGGAGCCGCCUGCAAAGACGGAAGGCUGCGGGUCAAUGACCAGCUGAUAGCGGUCAACGGGGAGUCGUUGCUGGGCAAAACGAACCAGGAAGCCAUGGAGACACUGAGGAAGUCCAUGUCGGUGGAGGGUAACAAACGGGGGAUGAUUCAGCUGAUCGUGGCGAGGAGAGUCACCAAACGCAACGAGCUCGAGGCACCCGGGAGCCCUGCGGGACCAGAGCAAACCCAUGACUCCACCCAGGCGGACGACCGGGAGCGCCGCAUCUCCCAUUCCCUCUAUGGCGGCAUAGAGGACCUGGACGAGAACCUGAUGCCGCGGCAGGCCCUGAUGGCCAGGAUGAUGGGUAACUUCCACCUCUCGCCCACUGUCAACAUGCCCCAGGAUGACACGGUCAUCAUCGAAGACGAUAGGCUGCCCAUGCUCCCACCCAACCUCUCUGACCAAUCGUCUUCCAGCUCCCACGACGACGUGGGCUUCCACGUGGAGGUCCCUCCCCCCUGGGCCAAAGACAUUCAAAUCCAGAGUGAGAGCACCUUGAGCCCCGAUGAGGCAGAUCCCGAUGUAGCCUUUCAGAGGGAGGGCUUCGGCAGGCAGAGUAUGUCGGAGAAGCGGACCAAGCAGUUCGGCGACGCCGGUCAGCUGGAGAUCAUCAAGACGCGCAAGUCCAAGAGCAUGGAUCUAGUAGCUGACGAGAUUAACCUCUCUCCUCGCAAAGAACAGCCACCAGGGUCUUCAACCCGGGACUUGGGUCCCUCGCUGGGCCUCAAGAAGUCUAGCUCCUUGGAGAGUUUACAGACAGCCGUCGCUGAGGUGACGCUGAACGGUGACAUGCCCUUCCACAGGCCUCGCCCGCGCAUUAUAAGGGGGCGGGGCUGCAACGAGAGCUUCCGGGCCGCCAUCGACAAGUCGUAUGACAGGCCGGCCGCCACCGAGGAGGAUGAUGAGGGCAUGGACACAUUGGAGGAGGACACCGAAGAGAGCUCCCGGUCCGGUCGCGACUCUGUGUCUACCGUGGCCGACCUGACGCCCUUGCCCAACAUGGAGAGGCCGCUGGUCAACGGUAACCGUGGCAAAGAGGACAAGAAGAAAGACAAGGGAGGGAAAGAGAAAAAGAAGGACGAGCGGGACAAAGAGAAAGAUGGCAAAACCAAGACAAAGAAAGGCAUGCUGAAGGGACUGGGAGACAUGUUCAGGUUCGGGAAACAUCGCAAGGAAGGCGAUAGGAUAGAGUGUAAAGGGUCUGGCAGGUCUAAGCUAGAGGAAUUGCAGGCCUCUGAGGAAGACACUCUCAAGAUGAGACUGGAGCAGGAGAGGAUCCAGGCGAAGACCAGGGAACUGCGGGAGAGGCAGGCACGGGAGAGGGACUACGCCGAGAUCCUGGAUGUCAACUCAGGCCGGGAUGAGGAGCACCCGUACGCUGGCAUCGGGCCCCUGGACACAUCCAUGGAUAGUGGGCACAGCCGGCCGCAGAGCCCCCGAGAAGACCCCCGCCACCAAGACCCCUCGCUCUACACGCAAGUCGGCAAGGGCCGCAACGCCAACGGACGCCCUCCCUCAGCUGAUAGCAACAGACUAGCGCCUAGCAACCACGACCGGAUACUGCGGCUGAGGCACGAGUUCCAGCAGGCCCGGCAGGACGACGAUGACGACCCCGACGACCGGAGGCGCACCUACAGCUUUGAGCAGCCCUGGCCGAACAACAACAACGCCGGCUCAGCGUACCAGACGGAGAGACAACCCACAGGCCGUCACUCUGUUUCUGUGGAGGUGCAGGCGCAAAGGCUGAGACGAGAGGAGAGAGAUGCCUUCCAACAGGCCCAGAGACAGUACAGCUCCCUGCCACGGCAACCUCGGAAAAAUCCUAGCUCCGUCUCCCAGGACUCCUGGGACAAGGUCUACCAGCCGGGCGAGGGCUUCCAGACGGCCAAGGAGAACCCACGUUACUCCAGCUACCAGGGCUCCAGGAGCGGCUACCCGGGGAUGAGCGGCGUGAACGCCCGUGUCCUCCUCGAGGCCCAGGAGCUGCUGAGGCAGGAGCAGAGGCGCAGGGAGCAGGAGGCCAAAGGGAAGCAACAACGUCUAGCAGCCCCGCAGGAGCGCCUGGGGAAAAACGGUUACGCGCCUCGCAAAGACCCUGUAUCGCCCAAGGGCCCCUACCGACAGGACGUGCCCCCGUCACCCUCCCAGCUGGCAAGGCUAAACAGGCUACAGGGGCCCGAGAAAGGGAGGCCCUUCUCCUGAGGGGAAUAGGGGGUUAAAAGGGGACAGAAUUAGCCAACGCACGUCAUUUUUUUGUUGUUGUUGAAGAUUUAAUAAAAACUGGAGGAGUUGACAAGCGAAGAUUGCCCUAAGACGAUUAAGUGAAUGCACAGCGGGUGUUUGUAAUAGCGGCUCGCCCUUGACUUGACCUCUUAGUUCUGUGUUCAGUCUCAGCCGGCCAGACCCCCGGACACUGUUUGCUGUUUAAUGAGACUUUCAGUGCCUUUCUGAAUUUGCGGUCAGGACGCUUUCCUGGGUAAUAGGGUUGUGGUGUGAUUCCCAGACAUCUGUCACCCGCACGCUCCGACAAUCAAACAGACAGGCAAACGGAUGGCGUUUUUAAAGCACGACGGAGUGCGUGCUUGUGUGCGCACGUGUGCGCGUUUGUGUGUCUGCGUGCGUGCGUCCGUGUAAGUUUCAACCACCAUCAGCUUUUCAUAGUGUUUUAUUUAUGUUUUCAUUGUUGUUUUUUCUCCACAGAGGGAAACCUCCUUUUCAAAAAUAGUCAGAAAAGAGAGGGAGUGUGUGAAAAGGAGGGGCGAGGGAGGGUGGCACAGCACUGUUUUUUAAUGAAGGACCCUCAUGAAUAAUUAAUGUGUAUGUGUGUCGUCUCCGCAGAGAGAGAGAGGAGGAGGGGUGUCUGAUCCACUGCCUGGGCCCUCUGCUCUGGCCCGGCUAACCUGGCCUGUCUAAGACCCCCCUCCUCUCUUCCUCCCAACAACAACCCCCCAACACCCCCUCACAUCAACCCUGCACUGAAUUUUUCAUGACGAGCCACCUGCUGCCUGCCACAGCCAAAGAACGAAUGCGGGCCCACGAGAGGCUGCGUCGUUGUGGAGAACCCCGUUGCGGUUUUGCGGAAACAAUGAGAGACAAUCUGAUAAAUGCCUAAAUGUAGGUGUAGUUCAACUUCCCUUGUCUGGAAAAAGGAGGUUUAAGGUAACUGCAUUAAGUGGCCUCACAAAAGUGUGUUAAUGAGUUGCUUACGUGUAGAUAAUGAACCUUUAAUGUGACAACGCUUCAAUGUCUAUGAAAUGUACAGAACGGCCGGGAUCAAUGCGAACUGACUAAGUGGCGCACAAAGGGAAGGCAGAAAAGAGAAGGUUAAUGGUUGCCAUGUGUAAGUUGUGUGUUGACCUGUGGUCUGACGCGACGGCAUUGGCUGGCACCCAGCUGCUUUGGAGGUGUGCUUCAGUGUCUUCACUCUACACCAAGAACAGCCAUUUGAAAGACAUCAGCUUUUCCUGAGAUUAGUUCAAUGACAUGGUAUGCAUCCUAAAGCACACUGUUCCCUUAAACCCAUGUGCUGGGUACAGAAUAGGGUACAAUUUGGGACAUGGCACGACAGAAAGAACGAGCAGCUUUUUGACCUGGAAAUGAGUGUUUUCUGUACGUUGCGUUGUUCAGCGCUUCGCCCCCGUGAGCCUGUUUCCGGGUCCAUUCGUGCUGUGUCACUAACGCCAAUAGAGAGGUAACCAAUGGAGGUUAACAAGAUAGCAUAAACAGCCACCGGGCUAGUCUUUCAGUAAGUUCAGAGGUCAAUAAUAAGUGCCUGUACAGUGUCUUUUUCUAGCUAAAUGACCUAACACCAUGUCUUUUAUUAUACCUUUUUAAUCUAUAAAAUAAUAGCCAAGAUUGCUUUGGGCUACUUUUUAUUUCCUGAAAGCAUUUGUUUGAUGUUGUCUUUGCAGGUUUUUUUUUUCUUGUUGCUGUUUACAGUGAGUUACUUUUAGGCUGUGACAGGUGAGCAGUGCAUUUGUGUCCUGUUUGUUUAACAUUGCCUUCACAAUGCCCUAUGUAUCAUGAUGUUUAAAGUCUAAAGCUAUUUUAAGUAAAGUGGAUUUUUUUUUCUUCAGACUUGUACACGGUAUAUUAAGAAAUGUAUACAGACCCUUUUCCUGUACAUAUCCAAUUUAGAAUAAAAGGAAGGCUGUUUCAUCCUGUUUACAACUACA